AUGUCAUCCUCUUCGCAACCUUUGAGGGUAGUUCUUCAGGAUCCUGGCAAGCAGCAUGGCGCCCACACCGAUCCAAAUACAAAGGCAACAGACAAUGACAGCGGCAAUGGCAGCAAUGGUGAAGAUGACUCUGGCCCUGGAGGAGAUCUCCCCAUGAGCAUGACCGCUUCCGUCAUGUUGACCAACCUGCCCAAGGACGCGAGCCAGGCACUCAAGGAGGCCGAGGAGAUUGAUGAUCGAAAAGUCUCUGUCCGCUUCCAACCCAUCGGCUCGGCCCCGAUCCUCAAACAACGGGUCUUCAAGAUUAGUGCCUCCUCGAAAUUCAGUGUGGUGUUGAAUUUCCUAAGGAAAAAAGUAGGUGUCAAAGAGGGCGAUGGACUGUUUUGUUAUGUGAAUAGUGUUUUUGCGCCAGGGUUAGAUGAAGGUGUUGGGAACUUGUACCGGGUACGUUUUCUGUCUCCUUGCGCCCAACUUUGA